AUGUCGAAAUUUAAAAUUUCGGAGCUAUGCCCCGAUCUUGUCGCAGAAAGGCCAGCAUCAUGCUCCAAGUCAUUUAUUAUGGCAGGCAAAAGUAAAAACGAAGAAGGUGCUGAUGAAGGAAUUGAAGAGAAUGCGUCCGAUGGUGGUUCCGAUAGCAAAAAAUCAGACGAAAAUGGGAAGCCUCCAUUCAGCUACAACGCAUUGAUAAUGAUGGCAAUUCGAAGCAGUAAGGAGAAACGAUUAACCCUUAGUGGGAUUUAUGAUUAUAUUAUGAAAAAUUACCCAUUUUAUCGUGACAAUAAACAAGGGUGGCAAAAUUCGAUCAGGCAUAAUUUGUCUCUCAAUAAAUGUUUCGUCAAAGUACCGAGGAAUUAUGAUGACCCUGGAAAAGGUAAUUAUUGGAUGUUAGAUGCUUCCUGUGAAGAUGAAGUAUUUAUUGGAGGAUCAACGGGUAAGUUACGACGACGACCCUCCUCAACAACACGAGCCCGCCUUGAUGUUUUUAAACAGUAUGGUGCUGUAGCAUCAACGUUAUUUAAUCCAUUUUAUCAGCAGGGUUCAAGACUACCUCCAUUCCUUGCUGCCCCUGGAUAUCCGCCACUAGCGAUUGGCGUACCACGUACUUUACCGGGUGCUUUUUUGUCGGAUCAUUCACGAUUUUUAACAGCAGCUGCAGCCCCUCGAGCACAACUGCCACAGCAGUUUGCACCAGCACCUGCCGUUGCAGCAACGGCAGUUGAUCCAUCAGCAGCUACAGCUACAGAUACAUCAGUAGUGGCUGCUAGUACUGUCGGCUUUCCGUAUGUAUCAAGCGGUGAUUUAAUGCGUUUCUACAUUGCUCAACAGCAACAUCAGCACAAGCAACAAACUGUCGAAUUAGUUAGCAGAAAAGUUAUAUUGUAA